AUGUCGUGGACUCGAGUUGUGCCACGGCGAGCACUCUUUGCUGCAAGCGCAACAGCCGUGGCCCUGCAUGACCUUCCGCAAGGCAAUAAGCUCUCUAUCUACCCCGUCCCAGACAAGGACAUCAUUGUUGUAGAUACCCCAUCAGAAUUAGAGCGUCAAAUCGGUGUUGUGCGCCGGGCAGCGACGGGUACAAUCCAUGACACACAUGCACAUGUGCAGGGGAUUGUUUCCAAAUGGAUUGGCGUCGAGCAUGCCGUUGAGCGACGUGUUAAAUCUAUCAUCGCCCCAGACGAGCCGCUGACUCCGGGACUCCUUUACGUUGGCGUUGCCUCGCUCACCGGAUCCAUCCUGGCACGAAACCGUCUUCUCCUCUGGCGCGCAUUGCUGCCCCCUGCUCUUUUCUUCGCAUCCCUUGACUACUUCCUCCCGAAGACAUCGAGCAACCUCUCCGGAUAUUUGGGCGAGCUGGAGGACCGGUACUUCCCUGUCGUCUCCGAGAAGCACGAGAUUGCCAAGGCGCACGCCAGCAUGACAUGGGAGAGGGCCAAAGAAGCGACGCAGGGUGGACGGGAGAAAUUCGAGGCGAGCUUGGGGGGCAUCGUGGACAAGGUACAGCAGGCUACGGGCUUGAAAAUCUCGGAGGCUCUAGGAAGAGGGGAGGCCAUUGAAAAGAGGAUCACGGGCCAGGUGUUGGAGGUGGCCGUCGACGCGGAAAAGCGCGUCGAACAGGCGACGAAGAGGGAGUAGGGUAGUCAGCCAGACUAGAUAUGUUGAUCAAUAGACAGCCACAAGGCCAAAGCUC